GUGAACAUUUACAAGCUGUUUUGUGUUUUCAAAAAGACGAAUUGUAGCCGCAAACGUGUCUCCCCGAGGUGUUUUCAUGUAGUCUGACUACAGAUAUGCCACGCUACUGCGCUGUGAGAGUCUGCAGAAACCGUGGGGGGACUGCAUCGAGACAAGACAAGCGAAUUAGCUUCUACCCCUUUCCCUUGCAAGACAAGCCCAGGCUUCAGGAAUGGGUGAACAACAUGAAGCGGGAGGAGUGGACUCCAAGUCGACACCAAUAUCUGUGCAGUGAGCAUUUUACAGAGGACUGCUUCGAUAUUCGAUGGGGAAUCCGGUACCUGAAGAAUACAGCCAUCCCCACCAUUUUUCCUUCAGCUGAAGAUGAUGGUGAGAAGAAAGCAGCAAACAUAAAAAGAAGUCCCAAGGCCAAAACCAGCAUUUCAGACACUGACCCUGAGCUCACAGGAUUCAACUCUCCUGUCAGUAAAAAAAAGCCACUCAUUUUGAGCAAAACAUGCAAAGAAAUCCAGUCAACCACAACAAAUGAUACUGCUGAGGAGCACACAGAGGUGCUAUUUGAACUACCUGUGGUGUUGGACUCUCAUUUAGGACUUUCUGCUGCUUGUGAGAAACCAGUUGACAGCGAAAUGCCAGCACAGUCUCCAAGCGGCGGACUCCAUUCUGAAGAGCAGGCUGAAUCCACUGUGACUGUGCUGUGCUGUGAGCCAGGCUCAUUCUCUGAUGGAGAAGCAAAUGUGGAUGCAGCUGCCUUCCAAGCAGUGCUGGGUCAGGCUUUUAGCUUUGUCCCCAUGGAACUAGUCAAGGAUGCAACUACAGGCUGUUUUUUCAAGGAGAGCAGAGCCACUGAUGAAGAAGAGAACAUUUCUGUUUAUGAGCAUUCCUACUGCAGGCCGGACACUGACAAAGAUCAGCUUUGGAGGAAGAUCUUGAGUUUGCAUGCAAAGAUCUUAGAACUGGAUCGCAGGGAAGAGAGCACGGUGGCUAAGAUCCGUGCCCUGGAGCACGAGAUAGCCCUCCUGAAGAGGGAUGGUGCUGUUUUUAAAGAGAAGCAGAAAGUUUUAGAAGACUGCAUAUCAUCUGUUUUGAUCUGAAUUUUAACCCUGGUAUGAAAUCAUGGAUGUUAAUAUAUUUUAACUGUUACAAUUACUUUUCUUUCGCAGAUACGUUGCACAUGCGUUCAUACAAACCUGACAUAAGGAACAGCAGCAGACACGGGGCUUCAACUGCUUCAUCAGUGCUGACCUGAGUUUCUCUGUGCACACCUAACAAACCUAGACCAGCCUCAGACAUGCAUAUCCACAAAGGAUGAAGCCAUGGCUGUCGCAGAUAAUUUAAGCACAAUUUUUAACUAAAUAAUAAAUACAUUAAGUCAUAAGUGUCUUUAUUUACAGUUUUACAAAUUAAAAAUAUGGGAAAAUAUUCCUAUAUAGAGAAAUGAGGGUAUGGCAGAUGUGGCACAUGGAUGUUGGAGUCGAAUGAUCCGCUGUUAUCAGCACAUUGAUGAGGAAAACUGGCUGGUGUUUAUGUUUGAAUGAAUGAACGAAGCCCAUUGUGCCUAAUUUUACUGAACUCAGUGUUCUGCAGAAUAGUUCUCUGCUUCUGUUGUUACACACAUGUAUCAGUUCCACCUGCUGGAACUGGAUGAGCUGGACUGGAUUAUAGCUUUUCAGUGCUUUGUUGCAGUGCAUUAUUAAUAUGGGAUAGCGUGGUCCCAGCCACAAACACGUCCAGAGGCAUAAAGAACGAGAGUCCUACAGCAGAUGAUGGGAGAUAAAGCCCUGAUCUAAACGCAGUUAGCCAC